CAACCCUGUCCGCGACGCUUCCCCAGUACUCGGGCGAUCGCUAACACGACCGCGCACGCGAUAUCCCAUCGUUGGGGUUGCGCGCUACCGCGUCGUAUAUGCGUGUGCGUGUGUAUAUCUGUAGAGAGUGCAUUACGCGGGACAGCGGCAUGCCGAGAGCGUUGCCGAACACAGUGGCAGCCAGCAACGUGGGAUUAGCGUGACGUAAUCCCGCGUGGCACGCUAAUCGCUCAAUCAACCCUCGUCUCGAGAGGUGCUCGAAAGCGUCACGAUCUCUCGUACUGGGCGUAGGAGACCUAGCCGGACCUUCCGAUCAGCAUCUCUGCGAGAUGUGGAAUUAUGUAGGGUUGCCAAGCUAAAUGAGUGCAGGAGGGUGCGCGAAUAACAGGUCGAUCCAUCAUCGUCGCCAUUCUACCCGACAUCUUGACGACAUAGAUCGAUCCGAUCGACCUGACCGCAUCUCGGUAACCGCAUUACGAACGCGAUUUCGUAUUUACAAAAGAUGCGAUACACUGAAUUUUUACGAGAAGUGGCGCGUCAUUGAAUAGAGUGCUCUUGAACGUUUAAAGGACUUUGAGCUUUUUUGCAAGUCCCUCGAGAUACUCGGGCAAUUGAUUCUGGAAUUAAUUAGAAACGAUCUAGAGCUAUUUUCCGCUACAUUAACUGUAUCCAUUGGAGGAAGUUACGAUAGCAUUGUGAUAGAGAUUCUGAUGAGACACUAAGCGACUACCGUAAAGUAACACCGACAAGCAAUAUCGAGUUACAAGUGCUUUUGUGUGAUAGGGCGUACAUCUGUAUAAAGUACAGUGAAUUCAAUUAAUCAUCUCGUAAAGCAGAUAGUUGUGAAAUUCGCGUAUGAUGGAAACGCGAGCGCUGGCCAAACCGCUGGAAGAUAUUUACGGCAACCGCGGAAAAUCAUCCGUUUCGUCGAGCACGGCGAAUCAUCUGAUAUUUGCUAUCAGAUAAUGCUGGGCCAUCAUCGACAAUGGAGCGAUAAUCCGGCUAAUAAUAAGAUUCGCAUCGCGAAGCUGACCGUUGCAGUCAAGAACGGUCCACCGAACACCGAUUGGUUCACGGAAGACAGAACGAAUCCAGAUUCCUUCCUGACAAAGUAAUGCCCGAGCGGGCUAUAAUUGAGCGUACAAUUACAUUUGUGGGAAUCUUUAACGUUGUGAUUUCGGAUCCACGGAGAAGCAGUUGCCCAAAUUGAAAUAAAUAAAGAAUUAUCGUAUUUUACCUCACUUGCCAAUCGUUAAUAAGCAUUUAGCAGUAAGUAAACAAGAUCGAGUCAGAUACUGCCGGCAAGUACUUGUAUAUAAUACUUAUUUAAAUAUCAAGACGCUUAUAUAUGAAUUGCGUAUUCUAUUUGACACUUGAGAAAAAUCUAGAGAGAAAUUUCUUCUGCUCGCAAAAACAUAAAAUAGCACUUGGAUCGGUGAAAAAAUAUACAGAAUAGAGGUAUUUCCGUAGUAGCCAUUGGUGAAAAAGCAUCGACUGCUAAUGCGGACGAAUUGGCAAAGGACAUCGAUGACCAGCUUUCAUGCGGCUUGUAACUGUUGCUGUUACGAGGGAAGAAGAUCGUUAGCAGGAAAUCCUGCGGAAGAUUAAUGAACGGUACGGUUAACGACACAGCGACGUCGCGACGAUAAUAGCCGCAAUAGAAUCUGCGGAAAAUUCUCUCUCUCUCUUUUCCGGUCCGGCGGUGGUUCAAGCAGCCGGCUUGAUGUUGUCGCGCUUCCUGCAGGAGUUGUCAACAGCGGACAACAGGAACGCCAUCGCGGAGAAACGGAAGGCCGACGGUUUGUGAUCGUUUCGGCAGCGGGCCGAUCGUUCCCGCGUCACAACCGAUCGCGGCAGCGGCACGAUAGCUGCCGAUGAGAGUAAUGUGACGAAGGCGGCGAGGGCAGGUGAAGAGAUGACGGUGACGGUGACGCCGUCGACUUCCGACGUCGCCGACAAGGCGGUGUCGACGGACGAUGGCGGCAGCGGCGGCAUGGAAGUGGCUCGUCUCGAGGCCGUUCUCGCUGCCCUGGUGGAAACGAAGGUGGAAGCGAUGAAGGCAUCGUCGACGCUCAGCCGACGUUCCGGUAGCGCACCCGCCAGUCCGCGUCGACCUAGAUUGACCUCGACCUCGACGGCCUCCUCUUCAUUGAACCACCCCCACCAUCAUCAUUCUCAUCAUCAUCAUCAGCAUCAUUCGCAGCAGCAGCAACAGCAGCACAAUAAGAAGAAAGGCCAGCAUCAUCAGCAGCAUCACCGCCAUCGUCGUAAACGUCACGACUCCGCGCCCUGCGAGAGCGAUUAUCUCAACAACAUGAUGGAUCAUUCUCAACACAAGUUAUCUAACGGAAAGGGACGGAGAAGAGGUUCCGAAAGUCCUAGAAGUCCUCGAAAGAAGCGCAGGCAUUCGAGGAGCCCAAAUGUUCUUCAAGGCGUUGUCCAAGACGUUCACACCGGCCUCGAUUCGCGCUUCGAGCUGCUCGGUAUUGACGGCGACCAAGAUGUGGCCCUAAUAAACUUCGAAAGGGCCAAGGAAGUCCUCGGUGACUCCUGCGAAUACCCACGGCUGCACCGAAGUGCCUGCUACUUUACCCAAAGCGCAGCUCAAUUAAAAAUUCAUUACGACGAUGACGACUAUGUAGCGUUGAACGUAGCCGAUGAGCUGGAGGAGGAAGAAACCUUGAGCGGUCCGGAGAAGGUAAACGAGCCUCAGGGAAGGUAUCACCGACCACGAAGAAAGCGCAAACGUAAACGGCGCAAGAUCGAUUCCGUCGUUCCGGAUUUCCAUCCGGAUGAGGAGCUUGUCGAUCCCGAGGAACUGCCUCCUCGUGCACGAUGGACGAUCAUGUUGACCGCUUGUCUUCUACUCGCCAUGUCCCUGCUCUUGGUCGGUGUAACGCUGCGGAUGGCUCCUAUAAUCGACGACAUGGUACGGAAAGAGAACGAGGAACUGCUAAACUCCCUGAACAGGGACAUUUCCGUGCCUGAGAACGUUACGGCGCCGCCCUAAAGCGAUGAAAGGGGUGAUGAAAGCGGAAGUUGCCGCAUUGCUUGUAUGUCGCUCUCGAUUCCCUUCAGCCACGAUGUCUUCAUCCCGCGAGAUCAUAACUUCACGACGACAGUCAACAUCGUUGAGGCUCAACGUCGACGUCGUUUCGUUUUAGGAAGACAUUCGAGCGAUUCAGGAGAGAAAUGUCAAGACCAAUGGUGAGAAAGAUUGACAGUUUUGGCGUAUUCAUCUCUUCAGCAAAUCUCAUCGGAUCGAUGGCGCGCUGAUUAGGUGUAUCGCAUUUAAUACGACGCUUCAAAUACGCGUCUUUGUAUACGAUGUGGCGGUAAGGUUGUUGCAAAGAAUUCGCGAAAAAUCUGAUCGCGAUAUUCGACAUACUAUAUUGUACUGUUGAUUGUAUUGUUGCCGCAUUUAGAAAUGGUAUGAGUGUAUAUAUUUACAUAUAUAUAUAUACACCGUAUAUCGUAUCAAUGCAGACUAUGUGCCCUCGAUUCCAGAAGGUUUCGCCAAUAAGAGCUCACUCCGAUCAGAAGUACCAGACCAGCGUUCAAUCUAAAUUAUUGGUAAAGUUUGGCACCAAAUUAACUUACUUGGCAGUUACAUUUUUAUCUGAUGAAUAUAUUUCAAAACACAAUUGAAAUUGGAAAUUUCCAACAAAACCGCAGUAAUCGCAUAUUAUCUGAUAAUUGUUUGGUGUACAUAUUUAUUAUCAAGAUCGUAAUAAUAUCGUGCGCAUUAAAUGUCAUGACAUGUUCCGCGGAGUGCCUGAUCUGCGUUGAAACGAUCAUAAUUCUUUAAGACCUCAAUAUUUGACGAAAGCUAGUUCGCGUAGUUUGCAAAAUUCAACACGACGACAAGUCGCGCACCGAAUGCCAACAACGAAGGAACGAUUAGAAAAGUGACUCGUAAGCAAAUGUGGUGCCGUAAACGUAGCAUCUGAUCGUUCGUCCGUCGGCGAAAGAAUCGACGUGCACAUGAAACCUCCCUUCUAUACGCUUCGAAUGGAUGUACGUGGCCCGAAUCGGGUACACGUGAGUAUCGAUCUGCGUCAUCAACACGCGAAUACGGGCUUCAUACGUCACGGAUUCGCGAGAAAUCGUGUCGCAGGACAAAAACGCAACGUAGAGUAUAGUUCCUUUUGUGCUUUUUUAUACGUCUUCUAGGACACGAGAAGAGAUACUGGAGAACUCGAGAAUCUGGGAGGUUUCUCAGCUGCCGAUUUCUUAACGCCGAUGACGUUUAUGAUGUUCUCGCGCAUGUAGAUAGCUGUAUAUAAAAGAACGUUUGUUAUUAACGUUACCGUUUGUAGUUACACGUCGAGAGGAUAGUCCAGAUAAGGGCCGAAUUGUUGUUGUCAAUUUGUAAGAUAAAUUAUAGAAGACAUUCGUCGAGAUCGCGCGCGAUACAAGAAGGGGAGAAGAAAAGAGAAACGGAGCGCACGAUCAGUUAUUAAAGUGUGCGAAUGUGUGCGUGUUUACGUGAUCGUAUGUAUGUGCAUUGUUGUAUGUAUAAAAGUACAUACAAAAUAGUUUAUGCUUUGCACGAAACGGCCAAACUAUUUUUAUUCGUUUCACUUUGCUACUCUCGAUGCAAUUUUCAAUUUUGCUUUGUGACUAAUUGCUUAAAGUUUUAUCGAAAGCUUUUCGCGUAUUGGCGAUAUAGCGAGAACUUUUUCCGAUACGUGUAUUUUGAAAUCUCUUUUCACGAGCAUAGAAAAUGCCUGCUGAACUUUUGAAUCCUGCACUUUGCGAUUAAGCAAUGUACAUAAUUUCAAUAGUGCGAUACGCGCUGCGACGCACACUUUUAUUUAAUUCUGUAUGUAAGAAAAAAGUAUGU